AUGCCGGGAAUUGUUACAAAUGGGGUUCAUGAUGAAGGGGGGACUAAUGAGAUGAAUGAGAGUCAUUCCCCAGCUAAGGAAACUGUAUAUCUGAUUAAGUCUCCGAGCGGGCGUCGCAAUUCUCGAGUUGAGGAUGGGGUGGUUGAGCCGUCGAUCCAGCAGCUUUAUGAUAAUGUGUGUGAUAUGCAGAGUUCUGAUCGGUCUCCGUCCCGGCAAAGUUAUGGAUCUGAUGGGGAUGAGUCUAGGAUUGAUUCAGAACUGCAUCAUUUGGUUGGAGGACGGAUGAGGGAAUUGGAGAUAAUGGAAGAGGAGGUGGAGGUGGAGGUGGAAAGAAGGCCAGGAGAGAGUUCUAGUUGUGAAACAUCUUCUGGGAUUGGUGGUUUAUCGAAUGAUAGGAAGUUGGAUAAGGUGGCUGAGAUUCGGACUGGGAGCAAAAGUCCGGUUUCCUCAGAAAAAUCUGUCAAAGCAUUGAAUUCUUCAUCGCCGGGCUUUGACAUUUCACCAAUAUCUAAACCCAAAGGAAAAAGUCCUUCUGCAAAACCUCCUUUGGAGAGAAAGAAUGAUAAGCCUUUGAAAAAACAAACUAGAGGAGUUAGUGGCGCGAAGAGUUCAAAGAAUUCUCCUUUGGGAAAGUCGGUGCUACAGAGUCGUGUUGAGAAUUCGGCCGAAUCAGAAUUAGAUAGACCAGAGCGGGCACCUGGAUUACUAAAGCAAGCAAGAGAUCUUAUUUCAUCAGGAGAUAAUCCACACAAAGCUCUUGAACUAGCUCUUCAAGCAAUGAAACUUUUUGAGAAGUUCGGUAAUGGGAAACCGAAUUUGGAACUGGUCAUGUGUUUACAUGUUACAGCGGCAAUAUAUUGCAGCUUGGGUCAGUACAGUGAGGCGAUUCCAAUUCUUGAGCGUUCAAUUGAAAUUCCUGUUAGUGGGGAAAGUCAACAGCAUGCUCUUGCUAAAUUUGCCGGUCACAUGCAACUGGGAGAUACCUAUGCUAUGUUAGGCCAGCUUGAGAAUUCAAUUAUGUGCUACACUGCUGGGUUUGAAGUCCAGAGGGAGAUUUUGGGAGAGACAGACCCGAGAGUUGGCGAAACUUGUCGGUAUCUUGCUGAAGCUAAUGUUCAAGCUUUGCAAUUUAAUGAAGCAGAGACACUAUGUCAAAUGGCUCUUGACAUUCAUAGAGCAAAUAGUUCAGCACCAUCUAUUGAAGAAGCAGCUGAUAGGAGGCUCAUGGGUCUUAUAUGUGAAACGAAGGGGAAUCAUGAAGCAGCUCUUGAACACCUUGUUUUAGCUAGCAUGGCAAUGGUAGCAAAUGGCCAGGAAGUGGAAGUGGCAUCUGUUGACUGUAGCAUCGGAGACGCAUACUUAUCUUUGUCUCGAUUUGAUGAAGCUGUUUUUGCGUAUGAAAAAGCGUUAGCUGUUUUAAAGACCAACAAAGGAGAGAAUCAUCCAGCAGUAGGAUCAGUCUUUGUCCGCUUGGCCGAUUUGUAUAACAGGACUGGUAAGAUAAGGGAAUCAAAAUCGUAUUGCGAGAGUGCACUUAAAAUAUAUGAGAAUCCAAUGUCUGGAGUUACUCCAGAAGAGAUUGCUAGCGGUCUUACAAAUCUGUCAAGUAUCUACGAGUCAAUGAAUGAGGUUGAAUGGGCACUCAAGUUACUGCAGAAAGCAUUGGAGAUAUAUAAUGAUGCUCCUGGUCAGCAAGGCGCAAUAGCAGGAAUCGAAGCUCAGAUUGGGGUCAUGAACUACAUGUUGGGAAACUAUACUGAAUCUUACAACACUUUGAAAAGUGCUAUUUCAAAGCUUCGUGCUAUUGGAGAGAAGAAAUCAUCCUUUUUUGGUAUAGCUCUUAAUCAACUGGGACUCGCAUGUGUGCAGCGCUAUGCCUUAAGUGAGGCUAUAGAAUUAUUUGAGGAAGCAAAGAGUAUUUUGGAACAAGAGUUGGGUCCUUAUCACCCUGAAACACUUGGAGUAUGUAGUAAUCUUGCAGGCACAUAUGAUGCAAUUGGAAGGCUCGAUGAUGCAAUUCAAAUUCUGGAGCAUGUUGUUAGUAUGAGGGAAGAAAAGCUUGGUACAGCAAAUCCCGACGUGGAUGAUGAGAAGAGAAGGUUGAGCGAGUUGUUGAAGGAAGCCGGUAGAGUUCGGAACAGAAAAGUCAGGUCACUAGAGAACCUUUUUGACGGCAAUGCUCGCACUUUAAACAACCUUGUCAUUAACGCCUGA